UCAAUAAUUAGCCAGCAUACUAAUGGACCCUACUCUUCUUAUCAGUGGAAUUAACCAAGUAACACGAUGAGAUAUAUGAAGUCGCUGCUUAAGAUUUCUGCGUUCUGCAUUGCUUCUGCAUUUACUAUCAUCUACCAUAACUGCUCCACGACUUUUCGAUUACAAACAGUCACCAAAGGAAGAUUACCAUCAAGAGCUGGUUUUUCAAAUGUGACAAAUAAAUAUGCCAACGCUGUUGGGUAUAAUGUCACGGCACAAAUGCAAAUACUACCAGAACCUGUGGGAUAUAAUGUCACGGCACAAAUAAGACCCGAACAGAAACCCACUUCGGUUCCGUUGCGCGGAUGGCGGAAAAAUGUACACUGGGAGCCAGGAGCUGAGCUGGAUAUAUAUGAUUUUUUAAUCAAUCCUGUCGAUAAGUGCAACGCUGGAAAAGAUGAUAUCACAUUACUUGUCUUAAUCAAAUCAGCACCAUGUAAUACUGAUCGCAGGGAUGCUGCCAGGCGGACGUACAUCAGUGGGGCCGCGAAAUACAAUGUGUCUACAAGGUUGCUAUUUAUCGUGGGAGAUUCCGAAGCACAGGACGAGAGGGAAAACAUCCAGGAAGAGGCCCGAAGACAUAGAGAUAUUCUGAAGGUUGGCUUCCACGACGGUUAUUACAAUCUCACCAUCAAACUGGUCAUGGGGUUUAAAUGGGCCUUGCAAUUUUGCAACAACAGUAAAUUCUUGAUGUCGACGGAUGAUGAUACCAUGAUUGAUAUCGUGACCCUGGUCAAGGACCUCGACGCUUUACCUUCGAAGGAUCAUUCUCAAUUCGUGCUGGGAUUUACAGAAGAGGGGUGCAGACCACGUCGCAACGUAGAUAGUAAAUGGUACAUACCAGAGGACCUCUACCCAGGUAAGACGUACCCUCGAUUUCCAUACGGGCAUGGGUAUGUUGUGUCACAUCACGUACUCGAAAAACUGUAUCUGCUAUCUAGAGAAACCCCAGCGAGGAUACCGUUUGACGAUGUUUAUUGUGGUAUACUCUUGGACAAGUUAAGCAUCAGAGUACUUGACCGAUCUACAUGGUUGAAAGACCGCCAUCCGCAAAAGAAGAAACAGGAUUAUUUGACGAUUGAGGUAUCACUGCAGGACAUGGAGAAAGCUUGGACAAGUUUUGAAGAAGACUUUGAAAAAUAGAGUUCUCGGCCCCAUAUUGUAGAGGUGUCGUGGUCGAGUGGAUAUGUCACCGG